GUCACGUCCGGCGCUUCCCCAAGAUGGCGGCGGCCCGGCUCCCGCAGUAGCCGCGCUCGGUUCCGUGUCGGGGCCCUCGGGCGCCCCCUGUCCCUCGCCGGUGCCGGGGCCCGCCCGCCCGCGGAGACCAUGGAUGGCUCCUUUGUCCAGCACAGUGUCCGCGUCCUGCAGGAGCUGAACAAGCAGCGGGAGAAGGGCCAGUACUGUGAUGCUACCCUGGACGUGGGCGGGCUGGUCUUCAAAGCCCACUGGAGCGUCCUGGCUUGCUGCAGCUGCUUCUUCCAGAGUUUGUACGGAGAUGGAGCCUCCAGCAGCAUCAUUCUCCCUGAGAGCUUUGCGGAGAUCUUUGAGCUCCUGCUGGACUUCUUCUACACUGGACACCUCGCACUUACCUCAGAGAACCGGGAGAAGGUGCUUGUCGCUGCCAAGGAACUGUGUGUCCCUGAAGCUGUGGAGCUGUGUCAGAGCUUCAAGCCAAAAUGCUUUGACGGCAGUGAUCUAAACAACCGGUGCCUUCACGAGAAAGGUCCUAGGGAAGAUCUUAAUGGUCACUUAAAGCAGCCAACAGACUCAGACGGAGAAGAAGCUAUCAAAACCUUGUCUAAAGCUAAUGUUGCUAGUGAAGCCAGCCCCAGCUGCUGCACUAGGAGAGCCAAACUAACCCAGGGACCAAGUGGGAGCCCAUCUCUUCUUAGGGAAAGGCUUAAAAGGGCUGUUAAAACAAAUGCAUUGAGCAAUUCAGGUGAAGUAAAGAACACCCAGGAAUGUAAAGAAAUAAAAAGGCCACCUAAAAGAGGAGGCACUGAAGACAGAGGCAUCAGCAAUGAGGUGUGGGAAAUGCAGGUUGUUCAAGUCUCUGAUGACGUGGCAGCAGAAGAUGAUGGAGAAGUUCAUGAGGAAACAGGUGAAGAUUACAUUCCUGAGAAAAAGACCCUGAGGACCAGAAAGAAAUCAAAUUUGGCAAAAAAGCCUCUCAGUUCGGAGCCUGCAGGGAAUGCUGGGCUGGUAGAGGCUGGGACUCCUGGGAACAGAAAAGGUACAGCUGUGCCGGUUGAAUGCCCCACAUGUCAUAAAACCUUCCUCAGCAAAUAUUAUCUAAAAGUGCACAACAGGAAACACACUGGAGAAAAGCCAUUUGAAUGUUCCAAAUGUGGUAAAUGUUAUUUUAGGAAGGAGAAUCUGCUGGAGCAUGAAGCUAGGAACUGUAUGAACCGUUCGGAGCAGGUUUUCACCUGUUCAGUCUGCCAGGAGAUAUUUAAGAGGCGAAUGGAAUUACGGCUGCACAUGGUGUCACACACAGGGGAAAUGCCUUAUAAGUGUCCCUCCUGUGUACAACAAUUCAUGCAAAAGAAGGAUCUUCAAAGCCAUAUGAUAAAGUUACAUGGUGCUCCAAAACCACAUGCGUGCUCUGCCUGCUCCAAAUGCUUCCUGUCUCGAACGGAGUUGCGCCUUCAUGAGGCAUUCAAGCACCGAGGAGAGAAACUUUUUGUCUGCGAGGAGUGUGGGCACAGGGCUUCGAGUCGCAAUGGCUUACAGAUGCACAUCAAGGCUAAACACAGAAACGAGCGCCCCUAUGUGUGUGAGUUCUGCCAUCACGCCUUCACCCAGAAAGCCAACCUCAACAUGCACCUCCGCACGCACACGGGCGAGAAACCUUUCCAGUGCCAUCUCUGUGGGAAGACUUUCAGGACACAAGCGAGUCUGGAUAAGCACAACCGCACACACACGGGUGAACGCCCCUUCAGCUGUGAGUUUUGUGAUCAGAGGUUCACGGAGAAAGGGCCCCUUCUGAGGCACAUUGCUAGCAGGCAUCAGGAAGGAAGACCACACUUCUGCCAGAUCUGUGGGAAAACAUUCAAAGCUGUUGAACAGUUGCGUGUCCAUGUUCGCAGACACAAAGGAGUGAGGAAGUUUGAAUGCACUGAAUGUGGUUACAAGUUCACCCGACAGACAUUGUUACUGACUAUCCAAGAACUACCAUGUCCUUUGCAAUCUACGACAAGCACUCUAGUGAUGACAGAGAAAACAAAAUCAUCUGCUUAUUCCAAUCAAAGCGAUAGCAACAGAGUGUCUCGAAAUAAGAGGAAAGUGAAAUAAAUAAGAGUCUUUGCAGACAUCCCAGAGCACCACCUCUCCUGAUGGCUAUUCAUUUAGAAGCCAUCAGGCUUAUGAAAGGGUCUGCUUAGUAUACAGCAAAAUCCAGGUUUCUGAACUAUAGUUAUAAUUAGUUAAAAACAGGAUGGAUUUAUUUAAAUCAAUGUAAUUUAAAUACUUGAUUUUAAUCACCAAUCAGGAAACCUUGAUUUAAAUCAAGGAUUUUAAUCUUGUUUUGCAUUUGUACUUUAGUUAUUUUCUUAAAGAAAGUUGAUUCUCACUGGUUGGUAAUGAUUAAAACAUUGAUUUGCAACUGAAUAUAACCUUUACACUAAAUUUGGUGCUUCUUUUUGUUAACCAGGAGGAUACACUAUAUUGAUACACUUUAAGCAGAUAUAAAGCUUAACUUACAUUUAUUCAGACUCUUAAAUUUUACUUUUUUAUUAUAUCAUUUUUUUACUUGUGAUUUAGUGUCAAGCUCAAUUUGGAAAUUCUGAUUCAAUAAAGAAGUGCACAAAAAUCAGCACUUUAAUUUUUUUUAUUAGUUAAGUAAAAUUACCUUAAAUGUGCAGAUACAUAAGAAAAAAAAGUACAUCAAAACCUGUUCUGCAUUUACUGAUUUAUGAAAACAAAGUGUUAUCUGUAGUUAGUGAAUUGAACUGAUUAUUUCUGGUUCUCAUUGUCCUUCAAGAGUUUGGAACUAGUUUAUCUCAACCUCUCACAACCAGUUUUUAUGUAUAGAUUGGAAGAAGAAAGCAAGCUUUUCUCCUUUUUCCAGUGUACAUUUUUUUCUUUAACUUUGACUGAACUAGUUAUAGAACUGAUCUGAAUAUACUGAAACAAAAAAAUAUUCUUUGUAUAUCUGCAGAAGAUCCUACUACUGUCAAAAGCUGAUUAAGCAUGUCAACAAACUCUGGUUAUAGGUGCUUAGCCAGUGACUUUCACCAGUUCAGUGGUUUAAUUUUCUGUAAAACUUCAGCAGCAAACAUGUGCUGCUUAUUAUUUUAAUUUAAUACAGUUUUAAUAUAUUAUUGUAAGUUUAGACCUUAACAUAAGUUGUCAAUUUCAAAGUUUAUUUUUUAAAAAUAAGCCUGUAUUUAAUUUAAACAAAAAACCCCCUCAGAUUUAAAAUAAAAAAAAUCUGAUUUUUAAAUAUUUUCAAAUCAAUUUUUUAUCCACUGUGGUUUUAAAAAAAACAAUGAAUAAGUUUCCUUAUGGCUCCCAAGGUACAUGCUUCAUAACCAGUUUCCUUAAUUUGAACUACUUUGGGAAACAAUCUCGGAGCAGAGGUGUCUAUGCAGAGGAAAGAUGGUCCAUGGGAGUCAAGCAUUUAAAAAUCACACUGGUUUAAUUCAAUUCUAUGAACCUGAAGAUUCUAAACAUCUUAAAUACACAGAGAUCUCUUCUUCCACCUGUUGUCUACCUCAAACAGAGCAUUAAUAGGAGUUUCAGGAAUUCAAGUGAAGAGCGAAGACAACCCUUUUAGUGAUACUGCUUUAAAAAUCCUAAAGUUGCUGUUAAGCCACUUCUACAGAGAAGAGAGUUAUCAUAGUUUACAAUGUUUGUUGUCACUAACAGUGCUGCAUGAGCAAAUGCUUCCAAGAAUGAAAGUGAAAACAUACUGCUUGCAGGCUGGGAGGGAAAACAGGAGCAAGAAUAAUUCCACAUGCUCAUCCGAAUAAGAACAAGGCAUUCCCAUCUCAAGGUUGUUUCUAAUACAGAAGUAACCCAAGAGACUAGUUUUGCUGUGAUGCCAUAUUUAUUACUGUAACUAGGGUUGGUUGUAAAGAAGAGAGAGAUUUUAUUCUCACUUGAAGAAAAAACCCACAUAAACUGAAAGUUAGCAGCUUUGGUUAGUAAGUUACCCUUUGAUCCCAUGUAUAUGACCUAUUGCUUUGAGACUGUCCUUAUAAAUUAUCA